UCGCCGGACGUCAAUUAGACGCGGGGCGGUGGAUCUUUCAUUCUAUAUAAACUCUUCUCGUCUCGCAUUCUUUGUCCGACUCACUUUGUCUUCUGCUUUCCGGAAACGUCUAAUCUCUGACGAACGUUCCUCUCUCUCUCUCAUUCGACCUUCUCCCCUCUGAUAAAGCGAGCGUUACUUUCUAAUCUCCUGAUUCGAACUGCUUUUACAGUGAUUCGGACGACCUAGGCUCGUGAUAAUGGCUACCUUUGGUGCGACGGCGAAUACUAAUCCUAACAAAUCCUUUGAGGUUACUCCAUCACCCGCAGAUUCUAUCUCCAGCUUAAGUUUUAGCCCAAGAGCCGAUAUUCUUGUCGCCACUUCUUGGGACAAUCAGGUGCGGUGUUGGGAAAUAUCCCGUAGUGGAGCCUCUCUAGCAAGUGCUCCUAAAGCAUCUAUAUCUCAUGAUCAGCCGGUCUUGUGCUCUGCUUGGAAAGAUGAUGGAACCACUGUCUUUAGUGGAGGUUGUGAUAAGCAAGCCAAAAUGUGGCCCUUGUUGUCCGGCGGUCAGCCUGUUACUGUUGCUAUGCACGAUGCUCCUAUUGUUGACAUGGCCUGGAUCCCCGGAAUGAAUCUCCUCGUUACUGGUAGCUGGGAUAAAACAUUGAGAUAUUGGGACACAAGGCAGCAAACUCCUGUGCAUACCCAACAGCUUCCAGAUAAAUGCUAUGCUUUGUCUGUGAAACACCCUCUGAUGGUUGUCGGUACUGCAGAUAGGAAUCUGAUUGUCUUCAACUUGCAAAAUCCUCAGACUGAGUUCAAGAGAAUCGUGUCACCACUCAAGUACCAGACGAGGUGUGUUACUGCCUUCCCUGAUCAGCAAGGAUUUUUGGUUGGUUCAAUUGAAGGGCGAGUUGGUGUCCAUCAUCUGGAUGAUUCUCAACAGAACAAGAACUUCACAUUCAAAUGCCACAGAGAUGGGAAUGAGAUCUAUUCUGUCAACGCUCUGAACUUCCAUCCGGUACAAGGAACUUUUGCCACUGCUGGCUCAGAUGGGGCUUUCAAUUUCUGGGACAAGGAUAGUAAACAAAGACUCAAGGCCAUGUCAAGGUGCAGUCAGCCAAUUCCUUGCAGUUCGUUUAACCACGAUGGGUCCAUAUAUGCAUAUGCGUCGUGCUAUGACUGGAGCAAAGGUGCAGAGAAUCACAACCCAGCAACUGCGAAAAGCAGCAUCUUCUUACACCUGCCACAGGAAAGUGAGGUCAAGGCGAAGCCAAGAGUAACGACCGGCAGAAAAUGAGAUUAGCUAAUUGCUUUCAGUGAGAGAGGAUCUCUUCCUCCCUUAUAGUGGUGGAUGAUGCUUUUAGCUGUCUUGAUAUCGUUUUAAUGUAGAGUCUCUUUCUUUCCCAUCAAGUAAAUUGUCUUGGAUGUUUCUCCCUUUGGCUCAGUUUGGAAUUGUGUUUGUCUAAGUACUACUACCACCCUCCUUGAAACGUUUCUAGAACUCUUAAUAUAUUUAAUUAUUUUACAGUUGA